AUGGCGAAGGGAGAGGGCCCUGCGAUUGGCAUUGACCUCGGCACGACCUACAGCUGCGUGGGCGUGUGGCAGCACGAUCGCGUUGAGAUCAUCGCCAAUGACCAAGGCAACCGCACCACCCCGUCCUACGUGGCAUUCACUGACACGGAGCGCCUGAUUGGCGACGCAGCCAAGAACCAAGUGUCCAUGAACCCCGUCAACACCGUCUUCGAUGCGAAGCGUCUCAUCGGACGCCGGUUCUCCGACGCGCCCGUGCAGAACGACAUCAAGCUGUGGCCGUUCAAGGUGAUCGCGGGCGCGGGCGAGAAGCCGAUGAUCCAGGUCGAGUACAAGGGCGAGACGAAGCAAUUCGCCGCGGAAGAAAUUUCGUCCAUGGUGCUGACGAAAAUGAAGGAAAUCGCAGAGGCUUACCUUGGGACUACCGUGAAAAACGCGGUGGUGACGGUUCCGGCUUAUUUUAACGACUCGCAGCGCCAAGCAACGAAAGACGCGGGUGUGAUCGCUGGGCUGAACGUGAUGCGGAUUAUCAACGAGCCUACUGCAGCUGCUAUCGCGUACGGGCUUGAUAAGAAGAACAGCAGCUCGUCUGAGAAGAACGUUCUUAUCUUCGAUCUCGGUGGCGGCACUUUUGACGUGUCCCUUCUUUCGAUUGAGGACGGUAUUUUCGAGGUGAAGGCGACGGCUGGCGACACUCAUUUGGGUGGCGAGGAUUUCGACAAUCGCAUGGUGCACCAUUUCGUUCAGGAGUUCAAGCGGAAGUACAAGAAGGACCUGAGUAACAACCCACGGUCCCUUCGCCGCCUUCGCACGGCAUGCGAGCGCGCCAAGCGAACUCUCUCCUCCACCGCGCAAACCACCAUUGAAAUCGAUUCGCUCUACGAGGGAAUUGACUUCUACACCACCAUCACCCGCGCGCGCUUCGAGGAGCUUAACAUGGACAUGUUCCGGAAGUGCAUGGAUCCCGUGGAGAAGUGCCUCAAGGACGCGAAAAUGUCCAAGGCGCAGAUCCACGACGUGGUGCUCGUCGGCGGGUCUACUCGCAUUCCCAAGGUGCAGCAGCUACUCCAGGAGUAUUUCAACGGCAAGGAGCUCUGCAAGAGCAUUAAUCCUGACGAGGCCGUGGCGUACGGCGCGGCGGUUCAGGCGGCGAUUCUAAGCGGCGAGGGGAACGAGAAGGUGCAGGACCUGCUGCUGCUCGACGUGACGCCGCUGUCUCUUGGGUUGGAAACGGCCGGAGGGGUAAUGACGGUGCUGAUUCCGAGGAACACCACGAUUCCUACGAAGAAGGAGCAGGUCUUUUCGACGUUUUCGGAUAACCAGCCGGGGGUGUUAAUUCAGGUGUACGAGGGUGAACGCGCUCGGACUAAGGAUAACAAUCUGCUCGGAAAAUUCGAGCUCUCGGGAAUACCGCCGGCGCCACGUGGCGUGCCCCAGAUCACUGUGACGUUCGACAUUGACGCGAACGGCAUCUUGAACGUGAGCGCGGAGGACAAAACUACGGGGCAGAAGAAUAAGAUAACGAUCACGAACGAUAAGGGAAGACUCAGCAAGGAGGAAAUCGAACGGAUGGUGGAGGAAGCGGAGAAGUACAAGGAUGAUGACGAGCAGCACAAGAAGCGGGUUGAGGCGAAAAACGCUCUCGAGAAUUAUUCGUACGGUAUGCGUAACACCGUUCGCGACGAUAAGAUUGCGGGGAAACUAUCGCCUGAAGAUAAGAAGGCGAUCGAGAAGGCCGUAGAUGCAACGAUUGAUUGGCUGGACAAGAACCAGCUUGCCGAUGUGGACGAAUUCGAGGACAAGCAAAAGGAGCUCGAAGGAAUUUUCUCUCUCGCUCUUCCCAUUGCCACUCUCUCUACUCCUACACCACCCACCCUGCCUCCUCCUCUCUCUUGCGCCAACCUCCUCUCUCUUGCACCAACCGCGCACGCAUGGCAGGUGCUGCUGCGGCUUUGGAGCAGAGUGCUGGGCGCACAGCCGGGGCAGCGCGUGCAGGCGGGCAGCAAGGAGCGUAGUGCUGCAGGGGGCGGGGCAGGGGAGCGGGGGAGGCGGGGCAGGGGAGCAGGGGAGGCGGGGCAAGGGAGCGGGGGAGGCUCGGCAGGGGAGCGGGGGAGGCGGGGCAUGGGAGCGGGGGAGGCGGGGCAGGGGAGCGGGGCAGGCGGCGCAGGGGAGCGCGCGAGUUUUACCUCUUACCCUCCUCCCUUACUCCGUUCCUUCGUCCCCCCAGUCGUCCUCCUCUUCCUCUCUCUUCCUCCCUUCCUCCAUCUCUCCCACACUCUCAGCCUCACUACCCUCUUUCCCCUCUCUGUCGCCCGUCCUCCCUCCCUCCCUUCCUCCCGUUCUCCCUUCCUGCCAUUCUCACAUUUCUUUCAUCCUCCCUCGAUCCAGACCCCUUCCUCUUUCCAUCUCCCGCUCUCCUACUCUCUUCCUCACUCCAACCCUGCGUGUCAGUUUCACCCUUUUACCAUCCCCAUUGUACCCGGUCACACUCUUUCCUCCCUCCUUCGUCCCUCUCUUUCUCCCUCUUUCCCCCUUCACUUUCUCCCAUCCACCCUUCCUCUCAUCCCAAUGUCCUCUCAUCCGCCCUUUCUCUCAUCCGCCCGUCAUCCUCCCCUCCUCCGACCCAACAUCGUCUCCUCCUACUUCCCUUCCUUUAAUCAUCUAUUUCUCUCAUCCCAACCCUCUCUCUCCUCCCUCACCUCCUCUACUUCGUCACCACCUCUCCUCCCUCUUCGCCUCCCAUUCCACAUCUCCGCUGUGCAGAUUGUGGCAUCAGCACCCGGGUUUCAAGAGAGUUUCUGUCCCCUCUUGUUCCCAUCCCUCCAAUCAUUUGCUCCUCUUCACCCCAUCCCCUCCCUUCCCUCGAACGAGCGCGCUCAUUCCCCUCCCGUCACCCACUCACACACCCUCCCUUCGACCUACAAGUCGUUCUCCGCUUCCGUCGCAUACGCGUUCAUUUCCCCUUCCCUCAUCUCUGCAUUCCUCACCUCCCCUUCCCUCAUCUCCGCAUUCCUCACCAACCCUUCCCUCAUCUCCGCAUUCCUCAUCUCCCCUUCCCUCAUCUCCCCAUGCCAUCCUAUCUCCAACUCACAGGAGUGUGGGAGGUGA